AUGCUGGAGCCUGAGCUGUGUUCUUCCCGGAUCCUAUCACCUUUUCGCGAUGAAAGUGGUGAUGAAGAUCUCUCUGUUCUUCCUAGACACACCAAAGUUAUUGUGACUGGAAAUAACAGAACAAAGUCUGUUUUAGUGGGUCUGCAUGGUGUUGUCAAGAAAGCUGUUGGCCUUGGCGGUUGGCAUUGGCUGGUUUUAAAGAAUGGGGCUGAAGUGAAGCUGCAAAGGAAUGCUUUGAGUGUGCUGCAAGCUCCCACUGGAGAUGAAGAAGAUGAAGAUUAUGAUUUUGACAACUCUAGUAGUGGCUCUGACAUUGGUGAAAAGGACAAGGAUUACUCCACUGGUUUUGAGUUCAGCAAACUGAGCAAGGCUAGAGUUCGGUAUACAAAGCUAUGGGGUCCGUCUGCAUCGGCAAAGUCAAUGAACCGCAGCAGUUGCAAAGAACUUCAAUCUGGUGUGGACACACCCCAACUGAGAGUGAAGUUGGCAAAACUGGGGACUACCUCAUUGUUGAGAUACUGGAGAAGCUUUCACCUUGGAAGUAUUAGUCCUCAUCCUACAAAGGAACAUAUGGUUAAUCUGGUUCAGCAGCAUUUUGCUUCGCAGCAAUUGGACGAGGCACAAGUAAUCAUGGAAUUCAUCCGUGCAGCCAAGAGACAAAAAUCACUUGACACACAUCGAGCCUGAUCUGAGAAAUUAGAUGAUGUAUGUACUGUACCUAAUUUUACAUAUGAACUCUAACCUUUAGUUUAGCUCUAGUUCUAGACCGGUAAUAGAGAUUGGUAGCUGGUUUGCCAGCCAUAUUUCCUCAUCUAUCUUGGAUCGUAACCUUGAAAUAUGUGACUGUGACCAAGCUCGUAUUAUUACCCUAGUUUUGUAUCUUAUAUGUUCAUCCUCAUUCCAUACCUUUGGACGGAAAAGAUUUUCAGAUAACUAGUACAAGUCAUGGAUUUUGUGGUACGGCGUUCACAGACACUAUCAAUUCAACACGGCAUGAAUGAUACAAUCCGAACAUAACAAGAAGGUGUUGAAACACGUACAUAUUUUUGGUGUUGAAUUCAGAAUUUCGGGGUGGAUUAUUCAUCUAUGUAUCUGUGAACUAAGGAAUGACAUUGUUGAUUCUUGAGUAAGCAGCAGAUUCUUUGUAAGAUCCUUUUGGACAGUGGCUGCUCAUUUGUAUAAAAGCCAGGUUGUCAUUUGGUGUCACGGGAUGGUAUGAAAGUGAUACAAUGAAAUUAUUGGCCCCUGCAAAGAUUUUGUGGUGAGUGCUUUGGAUUUGGUGAACCAAGUGAUUUUCUGUCGGACCCACCUUGUCCUCUCUGAAGAGUAAAAGUCUGUAUAACUGGACUCUUAGCUGCUAUAAUCAAUGUAAACUUGGCCCCACCAGCCAUAUUAAAAGAGUUGGGCUUUAAAG